AUUGGUCACACCCCCAGUUAUUUUGUCAUGACAGAAAACACUAAAGAAUGUGCUCUUUAAAACGAAGCAUGAUAAACUGCGGCAUGUGGGGUCUCAGAAAUAAUAGAAAACACGGUCCAUACAGUGAUGGGAAAUGAAUUGAUGGCUCUAAAAGGGGGAUAUUGAUUCAUAAUAAUGAUAACUAAGUGUGAACUGCAGCACGUGGAGUGCCCGUUGUCUCGUGUCUCCUCCCUCUCAGUAUUUAAGAAUCUGCUCCAUCCAUGAGAGACUGACGUUUUCUGAGUCGUGAGAGUUUCUCCAGCCACAUAAAUCAAAGUACUUCACUCGCAGGACGCGAUCUCAACAGUCUUACACAGACUCUGUGAUAAUGGGAAACGAAGGGGAUACAUCGGUAUCCUCUCCAUACUAGUGUGUCUUUUAAACUGCGCGUCUCUAUCAAAGCUGAGGAACAUCUUUUCAACAUCAUUCAGUCGGACUGUUGAGGACAACACGCUCCUAUCAUGAAAUCGCUGCUGCUCGUGUGCGUGUUUCUGCUGCCUCUGCAAACACUCGCGCUGCCGCUGCGCAACAGAUUGAGUUUUCCAAGUAAACCUGGGAAGCUUCCAGAAACAGGAGGUGGUAUUGCCAAGGAAACCAUCACCAUUCCUUCAAUAGCUUCGAGUACUGGGGCAAGAGAGCGUCGUGCGGUCUGGAGGGCCCUCCUGCAUAAAGGACCCCCGUCGAGACAGACCAACACGCCGGCCAAUCAAAACAGCGGCACUCAGGGACAUUUCCGGGAACGUCGGCAUGUCCUCAGAGGGUCACGUGGUCGCCCGCAGGGUCAGCUGAUGCGUGUGGGAUGCGUUCUCGGUACUUGCCAGGUACAGAACCUCAGCCAUCGUCUCUACCAGCUGAACAGCCAAAGCGGACGCCAAGAGUCGCCAAUCAAUCCCAGAAGUCCUCAUAGUUAUGGAUAAGGAAUAUGACUGACACUAAAAACCUUUCCAAAAAUGUGACAACAGAAGACCACAGAUAUCAAGAGGCAACAAACUCAACAACUGGAGUGACCAAUUUAUGGGGGUCCUGUCAUGAGAAUUCGAAUUCUCUUGAGCUUUUGAAAUAAAAGAGCUCAAUGGACCAUGUAAACAUACUGUACGUUUAAGAACUGAGAAACAAAAAUUACUCGUUCGGAACUGCUGAAACUCUCACGUCAUCUAGAUGAAAACAUUAACCUACAGUAUGAUCACCAACAUUUACAUGCAAAUGUCUAUUUAAUGCUCAGAAUCUUGGCCUGCCAUUCAUAAGGAGUAAUAAGGGGAUGUAAGAAACUAUCACUACUACUCUUAAACACCAGAAGAACUAACGAUAAGUGUAAAAUGAGCGAAAGUUUGACAAACCUUGAGCUGUUCACCAACUGCUCUGCAAAUAUGUCUGAAGGAUCGCAAGAAAUGAGUGGAGUUUUAACACUGUCCUUGAUCAUUUCAGACUGAUCUGAACAGUUUGAGUGCUGCAUUUCAGCACAGAUUGUUUCGUGAAUCUUAUUAAUGUCUUAAAGUAGUGCAACUUUGCAAAGAGGCUGUUUCUGAAGGAUGGAGCAGUGUGAACAAAAUUGGAGCCAACAGAAAACACUACAGAAAAAAAAAAAAAAAAAUUGGUGGAACUCAGGGAAGAGAUUAAAACGGUAUUCUCUUGAUAUAUAUUCACAUUCAAGAGAAAGUCUUUGCCGCUAUGUUUGUCGCCAAGUUGUUUCCCACUUUUACACUUCAUGCCCUCCUGUAAUGAAGUGAUUUGCACCUUCAUUAUCUUUACAGUAAUCACACUGUUUGAGAAGAUUGUCAUCUCUUUCUAUUCCCUCUGACCUGACACAAAUCGCCCUUGACUGAGCCAACUAAAGCCGGACAGAGCUUCAACGUGAGCAUCUUAAGAGAAAACAUCCUGCAUUUUGCACACUUAAUCUAUGCUUAAAUAUCUAUGAAUUUCACUGCAUUAGAUAAAAUAUCAAACCAAGUGGCGUUUAUUUAAAAGAAAGAUAGCACAAGAAGAUAGUUUUAAAUGUUUAAACUGUUUAAAUUGAAGACAAAAUGUAUUUGGAUGCUUUCUAGUUGGCAAACAAUAGUGGAACAUGUUUAUAGAUUAAGGAACAAUUUAAAAGGAAGUAUGUCUUUUUUUAGUCACCAAUGUGACGUCAAGUCACCUUUAUUUAUAUAGCGCUUUUUACAAUGCAGAUUGUGUCAAAGCAGCUUUAUAUUGAUAACUGGUACAUAAUUUUUGCUGCACAGCAGCUCUUAAAGAAUAGUGUCAAUGCAG